AUGAAGGCAAAAUCUCUUUCAGAAGACCGAGACGAUGAAAAGAAGGAGAAUAAGCAAGCAACUACUAGGACCAACAAACAGAUACAGAUCAAGCCAAAAGAAAACAAAAACAACACAAAUACAGAUAUCGAACAAGGCCAAUCCUCAAAAAUCUUCUGUGGUAUAUGCUUAACAAACUCUAAUAUGUUUUCAACCGGUUUAUGCAAUCAUCCCUUUUGUACUAUAAGCAUAUCCAAGUAUGCAAAGAUUCAAAUAAAAGAAAAAGUUGUGAAAGUGAAGUGCCCAGAUCCAGAAUGUUCAGUUGAACUCAAACAAGAACAUUUGCAAUCCAUUUUACCUAACGAAAUCAUUGUUGAUUGGGAAUCUGCAAACUGCGAGGCUUCCAUUGCUUUGAAGGAAAAAAUUUACUGUCCUUAUAAGAAUUGUUCUCUUUUAUUGGUGAAUGACGAAGCAGGUGCUGUUACAAGUUGUGAAUGCCCUUCUUGUCAUAGGUUAUUCUGUGCACAAUGUAAAGUUCCGUGGCACGCAAAUAUGAAUUGUCAAGAAUUUCAGAAUUCGGAAAUAGGGCAAGGCUUAAAACAAUCCGAUAGGAAGUUUUUGGAGUUGGCUAAAAGAGAAAAGUGGAAAAGAUGUCCAAAAUGUUCUAUGCAUGUACAGAGAACUACUGGAUGUGUGGCUGUCACUUCUGCUACAUGUGUGGCAGGGAUUGGAAUUGGUAUCAUACUUGCAAUCAAAAUCCAAGGUACUAUGAAUACAUAG